AUUCAGUGCGGACAUUACAGACAACCGGAAAGUGCUGUGUCAUAUUAUAUAUUUGAGGAAACCAAGAGAAGUAAAGCCCAGAAAUACAAUUAAUCCUUUCAGUUGUAAUUAAUAAUUUAGUACCAGGAUGGACGACUACAAAAAGCCGGUGGAGGCUCAUUUCUCUCCUUAUGCUAUGAAUGGAGGAACUGUUCUAGGAUUGUCUGGUGAGGACUAUGCCAUAAUUGCUUCAGACACUCGACUGAGUGAAGGUUUCACUAUUCAUACUCGAAAUUCCCCCAAAAGUUACAAAGUGACUGACUCAACAGUUUUGGGUUGUGUUGGUUUCCAUGGAGAUGUCCUUACUUUAACAAAAAUUAUUGAAGCUCGUCUGAAGAUCUAUGAACACGACCAUCAUAAAGUAAUGUCCUGCAAUGCGGUUGCAGCCAUGUUGUCUACCAUUCUCUACUACAGACGCUUCUUUCCUUAUUACACAUACAACCUCAUCGCUGGAAUUGAUGAAGAUGGUAAAGGGGCCGUGUAUAGUUUCGAUCCUGUCGGAUCUUACCAAAGGGAGCAAUGCCGAGCUGCUGGGUCUGCUAGUUCUAUGUUACAACCAAUUUUGGACAACCAGGUACGGCUGAGCAAACACUGUUAAAUUUUGUUCUCUUGU